AUGAUUCAGCUUUUACCAGCGACUCUCUGCGUGCUCCUGACAGUGUCGGUGUACGAGCAAAUGAGAGCUUCCUGCACCACAGAUGUUCAUUUCCACUCUGUGAAUCUGCGGAACACGGAUGCGCUGGAGCUCAGGAAACCGCCGACACCCAGGGAACCAGCUACACGGUGGAAGUGUGAGGAGCGUGUGAGGAGUGUAAGCAUCUACACUCAUCCUCACUUAACACACUCAAAACCCAGUUGUUUAUUUGUUUGUCUCUGGUGUAGAUACGGAGAUGCUGUGGAAGUAGAAGGAAGUGAGCAGGUGGUGUGGAGGCCGGUGCAGCAGUGCACUGAUGUCACACAGACAGAGUGUGACGUGACGGAACAGACUGGAGAUACGGAGGAGGAAUAUUACGUCAGAGUGAGAGCUAACGGACCGGAAGGACGCUCGGAGUGGACCGAGACAGACAGACGGCUCAGACUCGCAGACACCGUUCUGGGACCUCCUCAGGUGAACGUAUCUGUGGUGGAGGGCAAGCUUCAGGUGAAGCUGAGCGGCCCAUUCAGAUGGAGGAAACCUGAAAAGAAGCGUCAGUCGAUGUUUAACAUCUUCCCUCACAUGUUCUACAACAUCAGCGUGUACAACAACAGCAGCAAGCUUGAGCAGCACUUCCUGCAGACGAAGAAGCUCCUGCUGCACGGCCCCCUGGAGUAUAACACAGAGUACUGCGUGAGGGCAGAAGUGGUGUCCCUCUCUCUCCAUCUCACCAACAUUCAGUCUGACUGGAUCUGCAUCUCCACCGCUGAUGGUAAGAUUUAAGUACCUAACGUUAAUGCGU